AUGGUUUCGAUCAUGCAAGGAGAAAAGAAUGCCAAUUUACUGAAAAUAAUUCCACUAUCAAGUGACACUAUUCAUCGUCGUAUCAAUCUACUUGUUGAUGAUAUCAAAAUACAACUUAUAGAUCGCGUGAAAGGGAGUCCCUAUUAUGCUAUUCAGCUGGAUGAAAGCACUGAUGUAGCUAAUGUAGCUCAACUUCUGAUAUUUAUCCGAUACCGAUAUGAAAACGACAUAUGCGAAGAUUUGUUAUUUUGUCAGGGAUUAGAAGGAAGAACAACCGGUGUAGCAAUUUUUGACGCAGUUAAUACCUUUUUUGAACUCCAUAAUAUAAAGUGGGAAUAUUGUGUAUCUGUGUGUACAGACGGCGCAGCUGCAUUGACCGGCUCCAAAACAGGAUUCAAAGCAAAAGUAACUGAGAUUGCACCUCACGUAGGCUUUGUUCACUGUAUGAUUCACCGUGAAGCCCUUGCAGCAAAACAUUUGCAACCAGAUGUAAAUAAAGUGUUGGAACAAGUCCUAACAAUAAUAAAUUUUAUUAAAGUUCGCGCAUUAAACAGUCGCCUUUUCAAAAUAAUGUGUCGUGAAAUGGGAUCAGAAUACGAAAAUCUACUGUUACUUACGGAGGUCAGGAAAAUAAGUUUGUGCAUAGACGAAAUCAGUGCUGAAAACUACGAGAUGUUUGCAUGUUUGGAAAAAUUUUCUGAAGAAAACAAUAUAAAUCUCGAAGAAGAAAUUAAAACCAAAAUCAUGAUGCAUCUUACAAACCUUAAGCAAGACUUGGAAAUAAGAUUCCCAGAUACGUCACACGGCGACCAAUGGAUAAUUAAUCCAUUCAUUUGUGAUCUUAACACUGUGAAGAUGAACUUAAAAGAAAAGAAGCAGCUGAUCGAUUUAAUGUCCGAUGAAAGCCUUCGAUCUAUUUUCAAAACCACUGAUCUAUCCAAGUUCUGGAUAAUGACGGAAAAAAAUAUCCACUGUUAUUCAAAACAUCUCUGCUGA